AUGAGUCAUCUUGGUGGGAAUCACUCACGUUUUUCACUCGUUUUUAGUUAUCUUCAUUGCUCUCCUUGUUCUCGUUUAGUCUUGCGGUCGACGAGCCUAUUUUUAUCAGUUGGUUGUCGUUCCUUUUCUUGUGCAUCCGAAGAAAAUAAGGAAAAAUAGGUUUCUUACAUUUUCUGGUAGGACUUGGCGUGCUUUCAUUAAUCAUUGGAACAUGGCUAACUUUAGUUUAAAAGUUCAUGUUGAAACGUAUCAAAAUGAAGAAGCUUGAAGUUAUUAAAACUUUUUCAUAGAUAUAGACGUCAUUUUUCGAAUUUUAAGCUUGUGAUCAAUAUUUUCAUACAUAUUUAGAUUGAAAUUUUUUUUGUGAUUUAUUUUUUUCGGUUAGAAAAAGGCUUAGGGGAUUGAAAUAAGUCGUUGAAAAAGUUAUUUUCUCCUGUUUUUUUGUCGUGUUUUUUUGAUAAAUUUUUUUCCUCUUUUUCCAACAGUUUUUUUAGCAUCCAGUUAAAAAUAUUUCACUUCGUCACUUUUAAGUAAUUUUCAGCUAUGGUGUUUCUAUUUUUUUAAAUUUUAACAAAAAAAUAAUAACAUUAUGAUUCUUCACUAUUAACCCUUUUUCGGCUUGUUUAUGAUGAAACAAAAAAAAAAUGGAAAAUCGGGCUUUGAAAGCUUUUUUGUCCCAUUUUCACUCUCUUCCAAUACUCUUGACGGAAUUUUUUGUUUUCAAGAUUUUUGAGACUCUUGUUUUUUCUACAUUAACUAUUUUUCCACCUAGUUCUGGUGUUUUUCUUUUUUCUUUUUGAGAGAAGGAAGUGAAAAAACAUUUUUUUUCCUUUUUUUUUCAACAAUUUUUAUAUUCCAGGACUCGCAACAAACCAUUUUUCAAAGAAAAAACUUUCACGAAAUUAAAUUUCGACGUUUCCAGGCUGUCCCCAUGUACAUUCUGCUUUCAACUCGGUAAUUCAACUCGAUGGGCAUGGAUUCGGCGGCGAAAUUGCCAGUUCCGAAGCCGCGGACGCGGUUCUCCUCAGCGCCCAAGGAGGCGGGAACCGUCUCGGGUCCGGCGCUCGAACCGGAGGUAUUUCCUUGACGUCUUUAUCUUAAGUUUCUGGUUGAACUUAUUUGAUCUAUUUCUUACUAUUCUUUCCCUUUUGAGCUUCAAAACCAUUUUCUACAAUGCGCGCCUGUCUUUGUGAAUGAGCCUUUAAAGGAACAGGCUAAAUUAAAGGCGCAUGAUCAGCGAAAAGUCGUGUUCGGAUGAAAGGGGCUUUGUAGCUAUGCAGAAAAUGAGGCGACAUUUUUUUGAUCCUUAAAAUUUUUGUAUUUCAACCUGUUCUCUUCAACUUUUCAAUGGCGGGAAAAAGACUCGUCAAAAAAAAUAGAACUUGUUUUUCUCUCCUCUUAUAAAAAAAUAAUUAACUUUAUGUAAGUGAGCAUUUGAUAUAGUUCGUAAAGCUUGAUAAUUUAAUAUUUUCUUUUUUCAAUUUUAAAGUUUUGAAUUGAAUUGAAAAGAAAGAAUAAAAGAAAAAGCCGAAAAAAAGUUGAAUUUGUUGGUGAGAAAAUGUUUAUUUGGAUCAUAGGACCGUUCUGAAUCAUCGCAGUAACAAUAUUUCCUUCAUUUUUCUUUUUUUUUCGCAGCAAACUGUAGAAUGAAACCUGUUUCAAACUUUUUAUUCUUCUGGUCGCAUGUUGAAUGGCUCGAAAUUUUUUCCCAGCUGUUCUUUGUGAAAGACUUCAUGAUAAUUAUUAUAUCAAUAUCGAUUUUGCUUAUUUUCUUUUUUAAAGCUAGUUUUUUUCAUCUUGAAUGAUCAUUUUUCUCCCCAUUAAAGUUUGAAAAACUUAAAAAGAAAGUUGAAGUAUCUGAAAUAUUCGAUUAUUUUUAACUUCUUUCUAGAAACCCAACAAAAAAAUAACGGAUUCCCGGACAGUCCAACCCCGCAAAUGAUCAAGCAAGCGUUGGAAAAUGUUAUCGAAUCGAAUUUGUAUCCGUUUGAAGAGGCCGGAAUCACCAAGGGCAAUAAUUAUGGUUGGUUCUUUUUUUGAGACAUUGAAAUCUGAGGUUUUCGUUCGCUUUAAAAACAGAAAAGAUUUUCGGGUGAAUUUUUAAAGACAAGAGUUCAAUAGAAUGUUUUAUGUAUUCGGAAAGAUUUUUUUCAUCAUUUUUUUAUUAGGUUUGAAUGACAGCCAAGAACGAAGAACUUUAGAAUUUUUCUAAAUUUGAUAACCCGAGAAGAAAAAUGAGGUCUUGAAUACAGAAAAAAAUUUGAACUUUCUUAUUUGAAGGUAACAGGUAAAAGUUUCAGUAAACUUCCCGCCGCCCGCCUCAAAACAGCCCCCACAAGCCCCGGCCGUCCCUGCCAAGCCGCAAAGGUUCAUCGCCAACGAAAAUUUCAACAACGUCGUGAGCGAACUGUCGCUGAACAUGGUCGGCAAGUCGUCGUCGUCGAGUUCGGCCGACAGUUCGCUCAGUCCGCCGAACAAGGCGGCCUCCGUCCCUCCACGGCCUCCGCCUCCUCCCGGCUGGAAAAUCGACCUCGACGUCCCGGCUGUUCCGCCCGUGGUUAGUAGUUAUGGUCAAUUGGGAGUAGGCUUCUAGUUUUCAGUUUCUUUGUUUACUAGUUGCCGAAAUUAGUGGAGUUUGUAGUUUGUAGACCCUCUCAAACAUACGUGGGAAAGUACAGAAUUCAAUUUGCACACAAAAUAAUUAAAAAUUUGAGUUUUAAGCUUAGGAAGGUAGUGGUAGAAACAAAAAAAUGAGUUUAUCUUCAAAAAAAUAACGCGUUGAUUUGUGUUUAAAAAAAAGGUUUGAGAUUAGAAAAAGUGACCUUUGAAUAUUGUUUGCCCCUUCAUGCUUUCAAAAAGAGAAACUUUUUUUCAAAAAAAGUGUUGGAGUCAGACAAACCCCCAGGUUUCCAAAAAAAUUUUUUUCUCAAGUCUUAGAAAAAAAGGUUCCGUCAUGCUGUCUAUUGGCUUUCUUUGAUUAGCCUUUAUUGACUUCUUUUGUCACCUUUUUUUCAUCAUUUUUUUGAACCUGAAAAAAUGUUCCAUACAUUAAGUUUUUUCAAUUUUGCUUGGUUUUUUAAAGCAAAAGCUAGAUGAAUGGGAUAAUUUUAGAAUUACCUUUCGAAAAGUCGCGGAAAAUUUCCAUGAUUCCAAACUACACGAAAGCUUGUUGAAUUGCCGAGGUUAUUGGCAAGGUGCCAAUUUUGAAACCAAGCCAUUUUAAUCUCAAAAUAGAGAGGAUUAAUCAUAAUAUCCACCUGCUCAGAUAAUUAUGACUUAGCGGAGGUUAGACUACGAACAUCGUACUUUGGAAUAUAUCAUUCUGAUACAUACUAAUUUUAACUUUGAAAAAAAGCAGCGAAUAGAUUGUAGACGCUUCCAUUGAGCGCAAGCCGUUUUGGGUCGGAUGCCCCUUGAAGAAACCGCUCAGCAGCCAUUCCGCGUGCCACUUUGAAUAAUUUUAUAACUGUUCCAACUUGACACAAAUUUACACUGCUUUUAGCAGUUUUCUUUGAGCUUAAGCGCUGCAAUUGAGCGUAAAUCGUUUUGGGUCGGGUAUAGCAACCCCGAGCCAUUUCUAAAUAACUAUAUUCCAGUUUCAAUUUUGCAGGACUACCGGCCGGCUCCGCUUCCACCACGCGUGGCUUCUGUUGCGGCGUCGAUCGCCGCCAGCAACGCGGCUCAAAAGGCAAAGCGUGUCGCCCCGCCUCCUGUCCCUGAAAGGGCAACUUCGAGUCCUCUGGAGUAAGUUUUGAGUAGAAUUUUUCAAUUUAAAUUCGAUUUUCGGUACGUAUCGUGAAUUUCUAGGGUUUUAGCUUGGAAAAAUUAGAAGGUUUCGAGGACUUGAACAGGUUAGGACUUCUAUCUUUCUGAUUGAAGUUUGAGCUUAUUCCUAUCCUUUUAUUUUUUUAUCAAUUUAAACGAGUUUUUUUGAGAAAAAGUUAGUGCGCCGGUUAUUGCAGGAAAAAUAAAAAUUGAAACGACAAAUAAAAAAAUGAAAAAAAUAAAAAAACGACGUUUUUUUGGAUUACUGUGAUCAAUUUUAGUUGAAACGUGAUCGUCUAGAAAAAAAUUGAAAUUUGAAAGUUUUAAAUUUUCCUGACAUUUUUUUAUCUAUUUUUUUCUUGUAUUCUGACGUUUGACAAUGUUUUGUGAGCUCUUUUUUUCUCUUAAUGAACUUCAUAAAAACCCAGUUUUUUUCUUAUCUCACUCAACGGAGACAGGUGAAAAUAAUUUCAUUUGUUUUUUUCUUGGUUUUUUUGGUGUUUAUAAGAGUUUCUCCGAGUUUAUUUUUUUACAUAUUUUUUUAUUCGAUUAUUGAUGUAAUUUGAGUAGAAAAAGAGAGAUUCAAAUCCAUAGAAAAAGAGAGAUUCAAAUCUUUCUGCUCGAAAAAUCAGAGAAAAAAACAGUUUUCCAAGAUAAACAUGUAUAUAUUUUCGAAGGAAUCUUUUUUGGUUGUGCUUUGAGACUUCAAACUAGAACAAAAAAUUAUGAAAAAGGGCAAUAUAAAAAAAAUGUAGUCAGAAAGUUGUAGCUUUUGUCUGAACCCAUACAUCGGGUUCAUCUACGGUACCCUUCAUUUCUUUCAAAAUUCUCCAAUUUAGGUCAUGGGGAGAAAAUAUAGCUUCGAAAGAUUUAACUGUUUCGCGGCAAUUACACAAUUUUAAUGUAAUUUCGAAAAGUACUAAAUAUGUCUCCCUGUUAAUGAGUGCGAAACGUUUGAAUUGCUCGGAAUUUCCUCGAAAAAGUGCGCUCCAUUGAUAAGGACGGGUUUCUUAAGAAUCUUCAACCCGUUGAAUUUUGAGAACGUUUUUCAGAAAUUUUCUUUACUUGAAAAAAAAAACAAUUGAAAAAUAGCUUUCAAGUUUUUUCAGAGUUUAUUUGAGUAAUAACUCGGACAUUGGUAACGCGAAACGGACUUGCUCUGGACGCUUCUGGGCAAUUCUAGGGAUUACUUAAGAGUUCUGACGCUCCUAAAGCGUUAACUGGAAAUGCCCCGACACGUCCGAUUCGGGUCCCGUUCGCGUUACCAAGGUCCGAGAGGUAUUAAUAAACUCUCAUAAUAACAUGGAAGCGGAAACCACUAUUUUAAGAGCGCUCCAUUGAUAAAAUUCGCAUUUUUGUUGGGAAAUAUAUGGCCUCAGGAAAAGGAAACAAUUUUUUUAAAAAAAGUAAUAAGAUUUUCAAUGUUCAAAAAGUUUUUUUACUACGCGAAAUGAGGAAAUAAUCGUGAAAAAAACUACUCCAGUAGGUUUUUUUAAUGAUAAAGAUUAAAUAUACAGUAACCCAGGCCGAGAUCUAGUUUCGAGGCCAUGAAUUUCUGGGAUCAAGUCAUCUACAGAUUGAAAAAAGUAAUUUUUGGAAGCAACCAAUAAAACCUUUUUUUGUUGAAUCGUCAUUUUAUUGCUUUUUUGCGGUUUCAAAAACCUCUCAAUUUUUUUUUUAGAUAAACUAUUUUUUCCAAAAAUCAGAAAAGAUUUUCCUAAGGAUGAACUAUUUCUGAUAAAAAGUCAUUGGGUGAUAAAUAGACGAUAAUAAUAGACGAGAGAUUAUUUUUUCUCGGAAUCGGUUGCUCAGCUUGUUUACGCAAACUUUUUGUCCAAAAACAUGCCGGAUCUUUGUAUUUUUCGCCAUAUUCUUGGUCGUUUAAUGAAGUGUCUGGCCAAGGGAUGACGAGAAUAGCGAGAGAUCUCUGAGGGAAACGUGCCAUUUUUAGUUUUUUUUUUCCUCUUCUUAUUUUCUCUUUUUCACUCGGUUGGCAUGCACUAUUUCUAAUAGAAAAAAAGUUAUCAGGUGAUAAAUAGAAAAUAAUAAAAAGUUUUCAUUUUUUCUCAGAAUUUAUUCGUAAAUUUGUUUACGCGAGCUCGAAAUGCUCAGAAUCGGGUUCAGUCAGUUUUUUGAGUUUUUCAGUGUCUUUUUUGUUAUUAAACCAUGUGAUACCUUCAAAACUCAUUAAGAACCUGAAUACAUCAAUUUUCCCCUUUUUAGGUAAAGUCAGUCAUUGGAAACUUCGAAAAUGCAUCACUCGGUUCAAGUCCAGUUUUUUUUUUCAAAAUGAUAUUCAAUUUUUUUUUUCUUGUACUUUGACCUUAACGGGAUUAGAAACGUCAUAUCCAUUCUAAUAAUUAAAACUCGUUGUAAAAUUUUUACGUAAGGGAGUGAAAACUGUGGGCGUGAGAGUUUAUGUGGACUUCCAAGGCUUGAAAUUGCAUUAUUAGAGAUUGUUUUAAUUACAAGUUUUCUCCUGGUGAGUCACAGUUUGUAAACGUUAAUAUAAAUAUUCAAAAAGAUGAAUCUUGACCCCAAAAACGAGUAAUUUUUCAUUAAAAUUCUUGUUUUUUUUUUGUGGAAUUUUAUUUCAAAUUGAGUGAAUAAUUGAAUACACUGGAAACGAUCCUUUCUCUGACCUAUCUUUGGGAAUCACUUGAAAAUUGGCCAGAACAAUCCUUGAUGUACCGAAAGAAGCUCUUGAAAGUCUCAACCUGCGCAACUUCCUAUUUUCAGAAAAUAAGGACCCUGAGCCCAAAAAUAGCUUAAUUUAACGGAUUUAGAAAGUUUUCUUUGGCUUUGACGGGUUCUUUCUCAAAAAUUAAUGGUGUGCAGGUUGAGGCUUUCGGGACCUUUUUUGGUUUUUCAAGGAGUAUUCUGACCAUUUUAGAAAAUCCCUAUUUAAAGAGUGAAAUUACCUUCCUUGCAAGACUUCUAAAGUGAUUUUAUUCCCUAUCUCACAAAAUGACUCUUGUUUCCAAGAAAUUAAUGACUAAACGGUUCUUUGCAGCAAGCCGAUGCCAGCGAUUCCGCCUGAAGAUCCGGCCUCCCUGACUCCGACUCCGACGACGUCAUCCAUGUCGCCGCCGUCGGUCAAGGCGCCGCCGCCGCCGAAGAAAAAAUUCGGACCGGCACUGAAUUACGUGGAGUUUGAUCGGAAACCGAAGAAAACCAUCCCAUCGGAAGAGCCUAUCGACACCUGCCAGUCCGAUUCCUCGUCCAUCGAGACCAGAGACGAAGAAAUCCUUUCUCCCGAGGUGUGUACUUUGAUCUCUGACCUGAUCAAUUUAUUUGAAGCAUGGGAAAACUAUUCGGUAGAGAAGAGAAGAAGAAAAAAGCUUGUGAAAGUGUAGUUUAAUCGAGAAUGGUGUUUAAGGGCGCAGGUACUCUCAGAUCGCCACGGGACCCAUUUUUUUCCAAUUUUUUUUUACAGUGUCCAUAAUAAGUCGAAUGAUGUCUUGAAUAGAAGGCGUAUGUAUAGGACGCAUGCAUUAUUUUAAGUCAUAUUAAAGGCGCAUGAAAGGAGCCUAUUAAAGGCGCAUGCACUCUUCCGUAAAGAUCCAGGAAAAAAGGACUCUAAAUGAUUUUUACUGAUUUUAAUCGAUAAAAAAUGCCCUCUUCUCUCCGGGAUCGUUUUCCACUGCUUCAUCUGAUUAUCGCUCAGUUUAUAAGCUUCGAAACUCUUUAUAAUAGUGCACGUGCCGAAUUUUUCAUUUCCUUUCUGGGCCUUUCUCUUUUCUCCGCCGCAAAUUCUUACUAUCGCUUACAUUCCCUUUACAGAUCAACUUUCGUUUUUUAUUUCUAAUUCAAGACCUUUUCAGACACUUUUUUUUAAAAAUAUCAAUCAACUAGAAACAUUGAAGAAAGUGCGCUCUAUUGGAAAGUUCAGUUCAAUGGAUUGGAAAGUUUCAAUGUUUAGUUUACUCGUACUUAGUUCGAUAGGAGGAGCGAAGGUCUGAAUUAAAAAACGGUUUUUUUUUCAGCUUCGGUAACCGAAAAAUAUUUAAUACCAAUGAUUUUCUGCAUUAAUAGCGGCUUAUUUCCAUGAAAUUUUCAUCAAAGAAGGUCCCAGAACGGAAGUCGGCACGUGCGAAGACGUCGAUUUUGUCCUGAAGCUUAAAAAUGAGAAGCGUGUGAUCAGUCUUCUAAACUAACCAAAAAUAAGCCCGGUUAUUUGGCAGUCGAUCAAGAGGGAGCUGAGGUUGACCACAAAACGAGAGUUCGAGAAUCCGAUGUACAUGCGCUUGUGCAAGUUCCGAAGCCUCGCCGGCCUUCCCUCGACGUCGACGUCUUCUCCGACGCCCCCACAGGCGGUCGUGAGGCCGACGUCGAUGGAGGGGUCGAAGCGGUUAAAGGAGGAAGAAGAUGAUGAUGACGACGCGGCGACGCUCACACCGACGCUGACGCCAAACGGCGCCGGCGACUUGCAAACACCGACGACACCGGUUCAGGCAGCGUCUUGGCCGACCGCCGUCGUCCCAUCUGAAGCGGCAGAUGACAACGAGGCGGAGACGUCGUCCUUGAAUGAAGCUCGGUUGGAGGAUGCUGUCAGGUGGGGUCUUUUCUUGUACUUUAAGCUCUCUCUCUCAAAUUUCUCUCAGAAAAUUUCUUCUUAUGAGCAAACUUAGAAAUCUGCUAUUUUAGUGUACCGCAGUCCUCGCAGCCACCCAGAAAUUCUGAACAGGGAAGCGAUCCUGGAGGUGCUUUUUCCAAAAAAAAAAAGUUGAAAUAGUCCCAAGUUUUCUCCAGUUCCAUCACCGUCGGACAGUCCUUCAAGACCUGUUGGAAUCGUGACGAAAAUGUCGGCUGUGAUUCCCACGUCGCCGGCUUCUUCCAGGGAAGGUUCUAUCGUCGACAAUCCCUACACGCCGAGUCCGAGAAGGUUAGUAAUAAUAAUUGGACCCCCAUAGGGGGGCGAGGUCAGAGAACCAAAAAAAAAAUAGAUUGAUUCACUGUGGUUAGAAUUUCAGAUGAUAUGAUGUUUGAAAAAUCUUAUUGAGAUGUCUAAAAGGACCAGUACAUGUUGAUCUUUAGGCGCAAUGUUACCUUGAGUUCUGCGUCUUUGAAUAUCUCAGCAAAACUCAAAAAUAAAAAAAUUGGAGGAGCGACUACUCUUGGAUGCCGUCAAAAUCGCACGAAUACGUGAAUGUUGGCUCUUUGGAGGAUCCGUUCGACUCCAUGUCACUCUCUUCGACGAGGAAAAGCGAUUUAAUCGUUGAACCUGGUAUAGCCUAUCCCGCUCCAGCUUGUCACUUUUUCUUCUUCCGAAAAAACCGUACGUCUCUCUGUUUCCUCAGCGGCGACGUCAGAGAAACAUGAAAAUAGAACGUGAGCUUAAGAGUGUUUCCGAGAGACGAGGAGGGAGCAGAGGUGUCUCAUGUCGCUAAAAUGGACAGGUCUUGAAGCUAAGUACGCCGGAAAGUCCUAUCUACUGUAGUUUUUCAAGAAAAGUGACAAGUUAAAAUCCAAAUUUCAGAACUUCAUCUGGAAAAUAUAACUUUUUUCAGUUGAAGUCUCAGAAAUCCCCUACGACAUCCACGGCGAAACAUACACUCCGAUCAAGAAAACCGGGGGAUGCAGCAACGUGACGACAUCUUCUCUGCCGGAAACGUCGAGCGACGAAGACGUCGGCGAGGAUUCGACGUCUCAAGUCGUCGCCGACGGAUCCGCCAUCACUUUCUUGGGAUUCGUCCUCUUGGGACAGGUCCUUCUUCACUUGGAGACGUAUAGAAAAAUAAUGUCUAAAGUUUGUUCAGAUUUUUAAUGUCAAGUGCAAUGACGUCAUUCAAAAACACUCUGUCGAUGGCUCGCUGUCUGAUUGGUUUAUUGCACCAUUAGGGGCGGAGCUUGAGCGACGACUUGACAUUCAAAAUCUGAACAGACUAUUUCGAUUUAGUGAAUGAGUUUUUGAAGAAAAAUCAGGCUUUCAUCUAUGAAAAAAUGAAGACAUGAAUAGAACAUUCCCUAGUGAGGUCAUUUUUAAAUUUUAACAUGCAAAAAUGGUUUGAAGGAAACUUUUCGCAUUUUCAUUGAAAAUAUUGAUUAUAAUAGUUUUUCAGACGCGAAAACGACGUCUGCAUGCACGGCUUCGCGACAUGAAGCUCAGUUUUCAUUCCAAUGAGGAGGUAAUCUUUCCAAAAUUUCUUUUCAUCACGAUAAAAAUUGAAAAAAAACAACUAGGAACCAAGGAAAAUACCGAAUUUUCAACUUUUGAGAAAACAAUUUUUUGAAUCUUUUCUUUUGCAGACGACCGACGUGGCGCAAGGGUCCUACGACCUGCGUAACUGCUCCCUGAUCCGUCGAGUGGCCACUAAAGAGCCGUCGAGCAAGACGGAGAACGACGCGAGUCCCAGGGCCAAGGAGGACCUCAUCGAGGUGCACAUGGCCGAGGGCGACAAGAAAGUCGUCACCUUCCGUCCCGUCGAUUCCGCCUCCACCUGGCUCAUGUUCCUCAGCGAGGUUUCGCUUUUUGAUGAGAAAAAAAGUAAAGAUUUCCCUUCGGAAGGAGAAUUUCCCCUUUUUGAUGAGCUCCAGGAAGCUUUUCCAAAGUUUUUUCUAGUUUUGUCAAGAAUUUUUUUCAAAUCCGUCUGAUUUUUUUUAAACAACUUUCGUUACCUCAAAGAAGACCAUUUCACGAAUAUUUAAAAACCUUCAUGUAGUUAUUUUUCUCGACUAGCUUCAUUUGGCCUUUUGGCCCGUAUAAGUGGCCACUUGAGUAGUUUCUCAGCCUUUUUUCGUCUACGUAAAUGAAGACUGUGACUCCGUAAUUCUCUCAUGAACUUUUUAGCUAGUUGGAAAAUUUUUGUUCAAGUCUUUAAAAGCGCAGAACAUCCAACUGAUCUAUAAUUAUCCCGAAAUUUCUCUUUUUCUUGUUUCUGAAAUUUUUCCGUUCACCUGUAGGGAACAUUUUCAAAAAUACGUUCUGAAUCUUAAUAAGCUUUCCCUCUUGAAAUUUUGAAUAAGGGUUUGAAGUUUGGGCUUCAGGCCUGGCUCACACAAGUCCCUCAACUGUAUGGAUGUCUACGCGAUGCGGAUCUCAAUGUUUUUGGGCAUGUCUGGAUGCGAUUAGGUAAGUCAAAAAACAAAACCAAUACAUUUGCAAUACAAAAAGAAAUAUUCUAGGAGCUACCAGUCCGUGGGGAAAAGCUUCAGUUGCCCUGGGCGGAUUGACGAUGAACUACGUGAUGACUGAAGAUCCGGAUCACGUCUUUGAGCUAGACGUUCGGAAGGUUAGCGUUGAAAGAAAUUGAAACUAUGAAGUUCGAGAAUUCUCGAAAGCGAAGAAAACUGACAGAAAGCUUCGAAAUCUCAUCUUCAAGUAAACGAAAUAGAAAUCAUUUUUGAAAAUUUUGAGAUUCAGCGAGUAAUUCUUCAAAAAAAACGUUGUAAAUUUUGAGUUAAGAAUUUUUGAAUAUACUUUUUUUUCAGUUUUCAUUUUAAAAAAGCCUGUUGAACAAGAUCUCUAUAAAAGGCUUGAAAGAAGCCAAUAAGGGUUUUCGUGAAUUAUAAGAAGCAGUUCAUGAAAAGAUUUUCUAAAAUUCUAAAUUGUUUUCGGCUUUUUUCUGAACUUUCAAUUCCAGGUCCUCGGUCUACGAGAAAAAACGGACAAAAUCGAUUGGUGUUCCCAGUGUAAGCACAAGAAUCAGCAGCGCGGAUCUUUCUUGAUUUCACUCGAUGGAUGGUAAUUUAUAGAAAAAUGUUCCUUUUAACAGGAAGAAAUGUUCAAAAUUUUCCGUAAAGACGCAGAAUCUCAUGAAUUCAAUCUCAUUAAUUAACUGAUAUUUUUUUGUCUUUUGGCAGUGUCAUCAGAAAUCCCUCAAUUACUUGACAUUUCACCUCUCAUUUCAUUAAUUUAAUAGAAAAAAAUUAAUGUUUUUCCAGCUCCCUGUACAUUGAGUGCAAGGACGGAGGAACAACGACGGCUUGGUACGAAGAGCUCAACGAGGUCUUGAGCCGACCUCCGACUAGCCUCGAAACGUGCCGUUUGAACUCGGACAACGUCCCUUGGGUAAGGCGCUUCGUGCUGGAGAGUCUGAAAAAAAAAACGAAAAGAAAUGAAUUUCCAACUGUAAUAGAGAAAAUGUCAUCUUUUUGGUUCGUUUGUCCGGGAAAACUUUAUAUAACAGCUUUUUUCAUUUUUUCGAAGAUUUUCUGAGUUUUUGGGCUUUUUUAGAGUUAGAGAUGAUUUGCACGAAAACUUUGAUAGCUUGAAUGAAUUUACGAAUGAAAAUACCUUAUUUAGUAAGCGUUUAUGGCUUCUUGAUGUGUUUAGAAAGCUGAGGAAUCAAAAUAACUUGCGCCAAAAAAUGAAUACUUCAAAUUGACCGAGGCCUUGGAGAAGUUCGAACUUUGGAAAAUAGUACAAGUUUUUCAUUUUUUUUUUUUCAAGUUCCAAGAAUUUUCUGUUCUUCAUUUCGGAAAAUUUAGAUAAUCGAUCGCUGUAUCCGGUACAUCGAAGCGUUUGGCCUGAACGUUGAGGGGGUUUAUCGGAGGAGCGCCGUGAAAUCCUUGGUCACGGAUACUUUGAGACGGUUCAGAGAAGGUUUCAUCAUAUUCUAUAAAUCUAUGAAACGAAAAAAGAGCUUCAGACCAAGUCGGCAGCGUGAUUUGCGGCAAUAACCAAGAGGAUAUGGCGAUCGUGGCGGCCGACUGCCUCCGCCAGUUCUUCCGCAGCUUCGACCAGCCAUUCUUCCCCGUUCCUCUCCAAUCUGAACUUCUUAAUUGUGGUUUUUCUUUCCAAUUAUCACAUGCAGAAUCAUUCUUAGAAAUUUAGCUUCAAUGGAAUACGAAAAGACGAAAAUCGAGCAAAUCAGCAAUUUGCUCCGUUCCGAACUCUCCACCGUCCAUUAUCAAACGUUGAGAAGGCUGGUCAGCCACAUGCGAGUCGUCAUUGAUCAUUCUGAGAAGACCAGGGCCAAUCCUCAGGUUUUUUCGACGGUUAGUUGUCAUUUUUUAUUUAUUCAGACAAAAAAUUAAGCGCGCAGUUUUACCUAAAAACGUUAAAGAUUAGGGCAUUCGACGCGAUCUCGUCAUUAUUUCAUAGAGGCUUUCAAAAACGGCAAAAAAUGGUCUCAAAACGAAGCCCGCGGACCUAUAAAAUGUUGAAAAACGAACACAAUCGAAAAAAUAUGCAAAAAGAGAAAAAUAUAAAACAGUAGUUGAAUUUUGCGUUUUGUCCGCAAUGAUUUGUGUAUGCAGACGCCUGCGCAGUUACCGUAAACCCCCAAAAAUUUUUCUUUUUCUGAAAUUUCGGUUUUUUUUUCUUAUUUUCACGGUGUGAAAAGGCGUUGAAAAUUUGAUAUGCUUAAUCUUUUUUUUCCUUAACCAUGUAGUUAUGAAUUGAUUUAAUUUUUCAGGUUUUUGGUCCAUCUCUGUUUAUGGUGGACAAAGGCGAAGACUGUUGGGGGAAUCUUGGAAGUGAGCGACAGUUUGUCCAGAACCUUAUCGAGAAUUUCGACGAGAUUUUCCAGGUUGCUUUUAUCCAAAAAUCUUUGUUUCUAUUGUUGAAAGUUGUUUUUUCAGACGACCACUCGAGAAGAGUUGAGUCGAGAACUCGUGAAAGAAGCCGAAAAAAAAGUUCAAUUCGAUGGAACUCCCAAUGUGGUGAACUUUGAGUUUGAAAUGAUUUCUGACUAAUUUUCUUCGCUCAGGUUCGCGCAGGCAGUGUCUUGGUUCCCAUUCACAUGUGGGAGAAGGAAAAUCUUCCUUUUAAUGCAAAAUCUGCCUUGGCAGUUGAAGAAGUGACUUUUAAUGUUUCGAAACAGUUUUGAAUUUAAUUUUGAAGGUUUGUCGCGAAGCCGUGGCUCGUCGUGGUUUCGAUGCGCCGCCUGACGGAAAAUUUGCACUUUUUGAGGUACAGUAAUUUCGGCGCGAGACGGGAACCUUUUAACAGAACGGAAUAAAUAACAUUUUUUUGUGCACUUUCUGGGAAAAUUUUUAGUGGCCACUACAGGGUUUUGACGUUUUAGUGGCCACUAUAGUAGUAAAAUUAGUGGCCACUUGAGGGGUUGAAAGUUAGUGGCCACUAUAGAAGUCUAAGUGCUGCUACUAGACCACAAAAAAUUUUAGUUUAGGGGUCAAUGGAUCAACAUAAGUAUAGUCUGUUCAGAGUUUGAAUGUCAACCAGCUAACUCCGCCCCUGCUGAGACGGUACCGUUUCGCGUCGAUGUUUCAUCGCGCGGGACUAAUUUUGAUCUUUUUCGAUCUAAAAGAUAGAAAAAGAGGUCAAAAAGGCAGCCUUAUUAAAGGGCCAUUGGCAUAUGUAGAUAAAACAUUGACGCGAAAAAUAUUGUAGCCUUGGGGGUGGAGUUAGCUGCUUGACAUUCAAAAUCUGAACAGACUAUAGUCCAAUCUGUUUGUUUUGAAAUUAUCAGAGUUAUUGGAAGGAAUACUGGAUGAUAAACUAUAACUCAAAACAAAAUUCGAAAAAGUUUCAAAAAUUUCCAGGUGAUCUGCAACGGCGCUCUGCAGCGAAGGAUGCCCUUAAGUGAGAAACUGUCGGUUGUCGUUUUGAAGAGGUGGAUCGACUGGAAAUGCACCGACGGAUUCUUGUUGUUCAAUCAUGAUACGAAUCCGUUCAGUGCCGAAGACGCGGUUGGUUUAUGAAUCAGUUUGAAAAAAGUUCAGAUGUUGUUGAAUUUGCGAUAUUUCUGAACAAAAGUUGAUUUUUUCGAAAUAGUUUAUGAUUUUUUUCUUUUUUUUCCAUAAUUUUACAUCCUUUAGCUGUUUUCGAACAGAUUUUCCAAAAAAAUUUUUUUUUCUUUUUUCUCGCUUUUUUAUGUUUGUCAAGUUAUUCUGAAUUAAGCUGAAUACCUGUUUGCAUUGAAAAAAAUCAAAAAAAUUAUAUAUAUUUUUGCUCACUUUCAGUUAAAAGCUUGUCGUUAGAAAAACAGAAUCAGAAAGUCGAAUGCACAAAAAUUUUUUUGCCGUUUUCAUUGAAUCUUUCAAUUUUUUUAUGUUUUUUUCUUCAUUUUCGUAUUAGUUUUUCAGGCUUUUCUGCUCUAGAAACUAGUUUUAAAAAAAUUCAGAUUCAUUUUUUUAAAACUUUUUUUCCGUUUCAAGGCACAUUAAUUAAUUAAUUUGGGGAGGUUGAUUAUUUCUGCUAAUCUCGAAAAAAGCUUUGUGAAUUCUUAAAAAUUCAGUAGUUUUUAGCGAUCCUUCACGGGAAAAGUCAAAGUCGCGGAGCCCGGGUCGAAGACUUUCAAAUCUUAUGAGUGGAAACUUGAAGGCGGGGCAAAGGUUGACCAUUUUUUUAAAAAUCGAAACACUCUUCAGUGCAUUUUUUCAGAUCUCGGCCUAUCGAAAUGAGAAAAUGUGCCUUGUUUGGGAUGUUGAGAACGUCGUGUGGUACGUUGGGGCCGAGACUUCGCGAAAGGUAAAUUAGAAGAAAAACGUUUUUGGCUUCAAUCUCCGAAGUUUCAUCAACUAAUUAAUAAGUUCAUUGAUUUCAAUGGAAACAUGACAAAAUAUUUUAGAAGUUGAAAUACCACAAAAAUUGAAAUAAAAGUUUUUAACUACCCAUUUUCCUUGUAUUGUUGGUUUUUCUAAAGAGAUGUUUUCAGUGGCAACUUUAGUGUCCACUUCUAGUAGCCUUCGAGAAACCUCUCAAGUGGCCACUAGAGUUUCUCCCAGUACACGUUUGUCUGGAAAAAUAAUAUUUGUGACAUUUCCAGGCGCCGAACCAAUUCAACGCGACAAUGGUGGAGACUUCUCGACAGGACCUCUCAAAGUCCAAACUUCCCGGCUACUGUCUCUCCUUCAAACUCGAAAGGGACCGAAAACUGUGGCUGAACGCCUUGGAACAAGCCUACGACACCGCCAAUCCCGCCCCUUUGGUUCAUAUUUGA